UAGUACAUUAUGCGAUUUUUUUGGAUAAUAGCAAGUUAUAUUCUCCAUCCUUUAUAGAUUUUAUAUUUUUAAAUUUUUUUUAGAUAUUUUAUUUUAAACAUGAAUUUAAUAAUGGGCUUGACAUUUGUAGGCCGGAGACCCUGUAAACCCUAAACCCUUCGAACUGGUAUUCGCCUUCGAAAUAGAAGUAUUGCAACCUGAAGCUUCUCUUCUCUCCCAUUGCGUCCUCCAAAUCCCACCUCCGCCAUGGCCGAACUAGAAGCCUCUCCAAACCCAAAUCCUAAGCCCAAGAAGCCAACUCUUUGUGAGGAGUGCGGCUCCAAUCCAUGGAAGUACCGCUGCCCGGGUUGCUCCCUCCUCACUUGCAGCCUCCCAUGUGUCAAAUCUCACAAGCAGCACACCAGUUGCACAGGGAAGAGGAAUCGGACCGAGUUUGUCCCCCUCUCCCGGUUCGAUGACGAUCGUCUCUUCUCUGAUUACAAACUUUUGGAGGAAACGAAGAGGGUGACAGAUUCGGCCCAUCGGAUGCUUGCUGAGUUCCGGGAGGGGUUCAGGUUUAACAAGAUGCCGGUGAGGCUCCGUUUGCUUCGGAAUGCGGCCUACCGUCGGAGGAUUCGGCUUAUGAUUCUCCCGCCUGGCAUGUCGAAGAGGGAGAAGAACCAAACGAGAUAUGAUCAGAGGCAAUUUACAGAAAACUUACAGACAUUUGGGUUGUAAAGCCUCUUCCUGUGAUUACCAUAUAAUUAAAAGGCAACCAGAUAAGUUAAGCAUUUAUGGUUACCGUAUUACUUACAGCUUGAAUCUCUUCUCUAUGUUACAUUGGAAAAGUCCCUUCUUUCUUUUUUCUUUAGUUGGUCACCUCUUUCUCAUUCUUAUCUCCAAAACUUGCUUCCCGUAAUCUGCACAGGAUCAAAAAGAUUCGUUUCCUAGAGAUAUAUUUAAACAUCUACAAACUCAUUAAACAUGGCCAAUUUCUUUUUGGAAUUUGGCCGCACUUACUAAUUAAUUGAU